AAAUAUUUUAACGUUGAUUUUUCGCGAUAUUGCGGUGAUCAAAAAUAUAAAUAUUUUCCAUAGUUAUUUUAUUUAAAACUUAUUUUUCAUCGUUUUUCUUAUUAUUUUAACCUUGUGUUGUUUUGUUCUUAGUUAUACGCGAGAGCAAUGUAUACGGUUUUAACGUUUGUUUUUCGCUAAAUAUAAUCAUUUAACAUUUUUAUACAUUUAAAAUGGAAGAAGUGAGACAACUGGUACAGGAAGAGGGCAGGGAAGCGAGAAACCUGGUCGCCUUCCAUGUUUCCGUGGACACGCCAGCUCGUGUUUCUCGAAAACCUCCUCGAGCAUUACCACCUCCUCGUCGGGCUGCGCCGCGGACCUCUCGUCUGAGAUCCGCGUCAGCUGGUCGCGAUAAGCGUUCCGAAUUACGAGCGAGAUACUGGGCUCUAUUGUUCGGAGACUUGCAACGUGCAGUUGGCGAAAUCUACAAUACUGUGGAAGCUCACGAAAACUUAAACGAGUGCCAAGAAGUUAUACUAGUACUUGAGAACUAUACGCGAGAUUUCAAGGCUUUAGGCGAAUGGUUUCGAUUGAAAUGGGAAUACGACAAUACGCCACCACCACAAAGACCGCAGAGCUUAGCUUGGGAGAUACGAAAAACUGAUUUUGUUAGACCAGAAUCACGACGUACUUAUUCCAUGAAAAGUUCACCUUCGGUGUCAGGGAAGAAUAGUCCCUGUUUAUCAGGACAUAACACCCCAAGUGGCAAGAAUAGUCCAAAUUUGACGGGAAAAGCCAGCCCAGGUAGCGGAAAAAUAAGUCCAAGGAUCACUCAUCCUACCUCUAGUCCUAAAGCUAACGUGGAGUUUUUUACCAAUAAGCUGGUCGCUUCUAAAAUCACAGCAAAACCGGAGCCGAAGAUCGCUAAAGAAUCAAGGCUAUCUGAUAUAAAAGAAAAAGAGGUGAAAGUAACAUGCGAUGUGAGUGACACUGAAGAGAAUUUGUCAGAAGAAAAUAAUAAAGUAUCUACCAUUGAAACUGGCCUCACUAAAGAAGUUAAGAACGCUCUUCCUCAAAGAGUUGCUAUAAAAUUGGCCAAAUCAAAAAUAUCAGAGACAAAAACUACCGAAAAUGAAAUUUCAGAUCAAUGCAAAACAACUAUUGCACAGUUGGAUGCAAUGGAAAACGAAUUUUUAAAGAAAAAUCUUAUUGAAAGUCAAGUUAAGAAUGAUAAUAUGAUCAACCAAGAGAUGGUCAUUAAAUCCGAUUCUACAUUUACGUCUGCCGAAGAUAAGAAAAUUGAAAUUAAGAUUGAAGAAAAUGAUAACACGUGUUCGGAGUCGCCGACCAAGUCUGAGGACAAUUUCGCAGAUAUAUCAAGUGAAAGCUCUCCGAAGUCUGAAGUGGAGAAACCAGAUAAUAAAAAAGAUCAAAAAAACAAAUGCAAAAAAACAUCGAAUUGCAAUACAAAGCAAAUCGAAGAAAAGAAGGUCGCUCAACCCAAAAAACAGAUAAUUGAAAUAAAAGAAGCUAUUGCUACAAAAGAAGAACAUAAAGUGGAAGAACUGGAAAAUGAUAUUGAUACGAACAUUAUCAAUAAUAAUAACAUAGAGCCAGUUAAUCAAAAAGACAUAAAGGAUAUAUCAAAUAGCGAAACUGCCAUUAGUAAUGGCUGGGGCGACGUAAAUUCUGAAAAGAUGAAUACUGGAUUAAACUUUAAUAAUGUUGAAGAAAUAAGAAAAAUCUCGGCCUUAGUGGCCAAAACGGUUGCUAAUGGCCCUUCUCACCUAAGUAAUGAAAUCAAAACUAAAAAUGAUUUUUCUUUGGCAUUAGAUAACGUACAGGAAGAAAAUAUAAAAAAUCACAUUCAAGACGUGCAAAAAAUUCUCGAAAAUGAUAAGAAAUCGAAGGAAAUAAAAGAUAUUACAAAGGAAGUGAUCAUGUUGUCUAAAGACGAGGUUGACGUCAAAAAAGAAAUAGAAGUGAAAAAAUUAGACAACAAGCAAAAUAAUGAUUCAAAACAGUCGAAGCCUGCUUAUUCACAAGCAGUUGCAAAACCCAAAGCCGUAAAUAUAACGAAAAAUGAAGUGAAAACACCGACACGACUCAUCCGUAGCUCAACUGUCGUAGAAAUACGACCGAGUACUGUAGCAAAACAACCAAAAACCUGCCAAAAGAAAACCAAUAAAUGCAGUUACCCAUUCAAUUUGACUACAGGUCGCACCACACUAUUUGAUGGUGUUCCAGCCACUCCUGCGACCAAACCUGUCGUAACAAAGCGCCCAAUAAUAAAAAGCAACCAAAAUAUGGCAGGUGGUGAUGCUAAACCCGUAACUGGUAAAGAGAAUCUAAAAAAACGUCCGCCAAGACCGACUUCACUGAUCGCUAAAGAAAAAGAAGAGAAGAAGAAUAGAGUCAAUCAAGCUCUGGAGAAAGUAAAGGAUUGCAAAGACUACAGUAGCUCUGACAGCGUUAUAACUCAGAUCGACAUAUCACGUAUAGAAUCAAGUGAGAGUCUGAAAACUCUUGUAUCCGAAGAUCAUCAGGUUUUAAAAGAUGUUGCCAAUUCUAUCGAGGUUCUAAAUGUUGACAGCAAUAAAAAUGAUAAUGAAGGCUGGCUUACAGUCAAAUCUCGUCGUCUCAGUCGUGAAUCCAAAAAGCAUUCAAAAUCCCACUGGGCUAACAGAUUCAAUCAGCCUUCUGCCACGACAAGCCUACCGACGUUAAACAUGCUCGAAUCUCCUAAACAGGAAGAUAAUAGCAUCUUAAAUCCAAAACCUGUCAAUGUAGACCGAGCUAAAUCUGAACAACCACAAACUCAAGAUGACCCACCGCUUACUAAAAUUAUAAAUGGUUCAGAACAACCACAGAAACCUCAACUGCAAGAGAAGAAAACAGAGAAACCAGAAAAAGUUGUUAAGGUUGUCGCAAAACUGAAGUCAGAGAACAAAACUAACGAUCCAUCAAUGAUUAGACAAAAAUCUGACGUCACUGGCUUAAAGACAAAAUCGUCUAGAAACAAAGUGCUGACUAAAAAAGCAGAAAAAGUCAAAGACUCCCACAAAGACGACGAUAUGUCAGACUUGACUAAGAACCGCUUGCAUUCCUCGUUAGAAAGUCUAACAUCCGCCUUGGCCAGAUCACAGGAAAGCACCGAAGAGGCGUUCGAUUUCGACAAAUGGAAAGCUGAAUUCAAAUCUACUUUCAAGUAUCUAGAAGAAGACGAUCAGAUCGCUGACCAGACCGAGAUAUUGAAGUCCGCGGAUCCUUCGGAGAUGUCCGAAAUAGCCGCGAUGACGUCACAGAUUGAAGAGAACGAGAGGAAAAUAAGCCUGGCAUUAGAUUUCCAGUCCGAAGUCGAUCAGAGGAAACUUUGCGCUGAAGAGGAUUUACUGAACAGGCAAAUCCUGGAGCUGCAACAAGUGUCGGACAUUGAUAUCGACACCGAAACCGAUGACACAGAGACCGAUGCCGAGAUCCUCAUAGAAGAUCCGCCUCAGGUUCUAUCAGAGAACUUGGGUUCGUUAGCGGCAAGUCUGGAAGAUCAGUACGAGACGGCGCUAGCUGGGAUGACCUGGGCGGAGAGAGUGGACACGCUCGUAGUACUGGAGGCUUUGGUGGCUAGAGAUCCUGGUCGAGCGCAACAAUUACACGAGAAACUAUCUCAAGGAAUAAAACGCCGUGGAAGCCUACAGGAUGCCUUACGAAGACUUCAAGCCAAACAAGCCAGGGCCGAGAGACAGAGAAUGGAAUAUCAAACUGAGCGUUCCAAGAAAAUACAUCAGUUACUGGCCAGAGUUGAGGAGGUCAAGGUUGCCAAAAACCAACUCAUAGAGGAGAAGCGUAUGAGAAUGGAGAGGAGAUUGCAGAAAGCAGCAGAAAAUCGCGAUCAACAUUUAAAGGACAUAGUCCGCAAAGCUCAUGAUGAAGAGGAGAAGUUGAGGGAGAUAGCGUUCAUAAAGCAGUUGGAGGCUGAGAAUAGACGCCAUGAGUUUUUGGAACAAUGUCGAUCACACACAACACGGCUAAGAGGAAUGAGGAGGGAUAGGCUACACAAGUUGGAACAAAAAGCUGCACGUGAAGCCGCUGUUGGCGCUCGUCGUCAAGCUAUUGAAGCGGCUCGAAAGUUGCACGUCGAGAACUUGAUGGAGAGGCGGAAGGAGAGAGACGCCAGGGUUGAAGAGAUGAAGGGCUUGAAGAAACAGGAGAGAGAUGACGCAGCCAGGGAGAAGGCUGAAGGUGUAAAGUCCCGUCUAUCGGCAUUAGCAGCGGCCGCUGAGUUGGAAGCAGAUGCUUUAAGAUCUCGUAUAAGGGACAAACAGGACGCCAGCCAACAGAGGCUCGAGUCACACUUACAGGCCAUACGGGAGAAAGCUACCGGGCCCAGACCCGCAACAAUAUCCGAAAGCCAGGACCAAGCUGAGAAGGAAGAUUUAGAAUCGAAGAGAAUAGACCAGGAAAGGAAAGAGAGAGAGAAGCAGAAGGCUGUUAAGCGGAAGGCGAGGAAGAUCAAGCAGAAACUACUGGCUGGGCUCGUACUGAGUGAAAAAUUGACAGAAAGCCAAGCCCCAGUGUUCGAGGACAAUAUAACGACGUUGGACACAAUGCUGAACCCACUCACAAGCAAAGUAUACAGAGCUAUUAGUUCCAUACGUAACAUAAUGGCGCCUUUCGUACCGGAAUGCGAGAAAGAUGACGAUGAAAAGGAAAAGGAAAAGGAAAAAGAAAAGAAGCAAACCCCACAAGUGAAUGGAGAAGCGGAGAAGAACAAAGAAGAUCCGAGUGUUAAUGGAGAAUGUUCCAAGUUCUGCGAGCCUAGCACCAGCGGGACGCAGAAUGUUCCAGAAGUUAAAUCCAAAAAGAAGAAGAAAAAGAAGAACAAUAACAAUAAUAAUGAUGAUAAAGGGAGAUGGAGUAAAGCGAGUUCUGUUUGCAGUUCUUUGAUUGAAAUGAAUAGGAACGCUAGGAUUGAGAGGAAGAUAGACAUUGACCUGCCGUAUCUGGAGAAGCAGAUGAAUGAACUGUACAGGAUGAUGGAGAAGUUUGAGAAGCACUUCCUAGAGAAGGCGUCAGUGCAAAGAUUCCAAGCUGUGAAAGUCAUUAGUCAAAUGCUAGCUGUCGCUGCGGAGAAAGAAGAUCUCAACCCGCCUAUAUCAGCCAAAUGCCUCACCAACGCCGUGACCCUGGUGUCCCGCGUGAUGGUGUCGUGCACCGCCACGGCCGCUCAGAUCCUCUCCACCAACACUUGCGUGCACCAAGCCACGCUGCUGUGCAGACAGAUGGAAAAAGAUCUGAAAUCUAAUGAGCGCGAAAUGGAACUAGCGAAGCAGCUAUGUGACAGUCUGUCUGUCGCGCUGGAUUCAGUGCUGUGCGCGUCACGGCUUCACCACGACGAGGAGACCCCUGACGAGGAACUGGAAAUAUUGGGAUUGUUGAGGAACAGAGCUCACAUGAUCAUCAGCUACCUCUGUCUGAACGGUUGUAUCGCGAAUGCUGAACACGCGGGUGAGGCUCGCGAGAGUAUUCAAACUCUCCUCACGGUCUGCGCGGAUCUCUGUGGACCGUUUGUAGCUGACGUUGGUAAUGACAAAAUGUAUGCAAAACAAGCUCUCCGUACAGCGCUAGGUAAAGGCGUGUGCGGUUCGCGAGCCGAGUUCUGUAUGUUAUUCGCUAAGGGCGCGUCUCUAGGGGAGUGUGGGGACUUUGUGAAAGCGGCCAGAACAGCACACUUGUUAAGAAGCAUCGCUGAAAUGGACCAUCUGAUAGUACAGGAUGCGUUUGGUGAAGGCGGAUGGCCUUUAGAGUUUAGAGCGGCUGUGGCGAGACUGUUAUCACAGCACGCACCAAACGAGAAGGAGGCGCCUCGAACUACGGCAUUACGUCUCAGCAACCAAAGGCUGGAUCAGAAAUUGUCGGAGACAAUGGUAUUGGAUUUAAUUGUACUCGUCGGAUUCGUCGUCGUCAAUAAUCCUCAGUUACAGGAGACAAUAUGCGAUGGUUGGGGUGUGCUGAAGACUCUGUGUACUCUGCCAGCGAAUUGGCUGGUGUCUGAGACGAGGAGUCACGCUCUUUUGCCGACUCUCAUAGCGUUGUCUGAGAGAAAGGAAACGGCUGCGAUUAUAGCGUCCGAACUAAACAUGAAGAUCUUGGACGACUUCAUGAAGAAUCCGCAGUCGCAGGAAAUCAAACUCAUACAGGUCAUAAAACAGACCAAAAAUAAAAAAGGAAAGAAAUAGAUUUAAUCUCUCAUAAGAUUGUUUUCACAGGAUUUGACAAAUAAUUUCGAUUAUUUUACCGGAUUUUAAGGAAUUAAAAAAAUAAAUAAACAAAAAAAUUCAAUACAAAAAUGUAAUCGUAAUAUGCGGCGUUUUAAAUUAUAUAAUAUGAUUUUUUAAAAACAUCGAUUGUAGUAAUCGUUUGCCAAAUAAUCGUUAGAUAUCUCGUGACGUGAUAUUGUUUUUAUUAUACAACGUUUAGAAAUUAAACAAAAAAAAAAUCAACAUCUUCAUAUAUAUAUAGAUGAAAUUUUAUUUUAGGAAACGUAUUUAUUUUAAAACAUAUUAAUAUAUUCAUUUAUUAUAUCAAAAUUUUGUAUACUAUAUCUCUACCUGCGAGCGGUCGUGGGACAUCGACCAAUCGUUUUGUUAGAGUGAACCCGGUUCACGUGAAACACUAGAAGUAAAGAAACGACCUAAAGUUCAAGAUGACAUGGAACCAUAUCCCAGAGAGUAUUUAUUAAUUUGAGGAAAUAAAAACUUAGAUACACACAGUAACUGUACGUGAAAGAAGAUUUGUGCUUUCAGUAUGCCAAAAACAUUGAAUGUACGGAAUAUGGCAUCCUAAAAAAACUAGAGGGACAUCUCAAACGAAGGAAACGUCAACACUUUAUGAUAAAAAAAAUAAAAAAAAAAUCGUUAAAAACAUAUAUACAGUAAUCUAAAGUAGUUCGCUUGAUAACAAUAAGGAGUGAACUAUGGUGGACUACCCUCCUUAUGAUUUAAUACGAUAAUAGUCUAUUAUCUUAAAAUUCCGAUUUCAUCCAUGGCUGUAUCCAAAUAGAUAAAACUCUGGUUGUAACCAAAUGUGGGACAAGCCCCGACCAUAGUUCACACCUCACUAAACGCAUAGUUAUUAGUUAUUGUGAUAGCUGAGAAUUGAUGUUACGUGUUGUAUAGCUAAGUGAGGAAGAUUUGAAUACUUCGUGAGUUUACAAAAGUUAAUAUUCUCAAUCAUCCGAUCUAAGUGUGUUUGAAGGGGACGUUGCUCAUCAAUCGAUAUAUUUUCUUAUCUAAACGUCUAAUUUCCCGUUAAACAGCAGUUGUCUAUCCAGUAUAAACCCCCUACUUAGUAUUUAAGUCUCCGCAAUAGACUCCUCACUCGCAGUCUACACCGUUCUCGGUGGUAGUGUAAACGUUAGCCUUGUCGUAUGUUAAUCUGUAGCGGACUUACACUUUUUGAUGUCUCUAUACAUAUUUUUCUAUGGAUGUUAUUAUCAUAUACGAUACAUUUAUCGGUACUUUGUAAAGUUUUCACUAUUGUAUUAUAAUUUUAAUGAUAUCCAGGAGUCGCACAAGUAACAUGUUCCCUAUUGUUUGUUCUGAUGAGUCUUAUACAUUAACUUCCACAUCUCUAAGAUCGUUUCUUUCUUGUUAUUCUGUUAAUCUGGUUGUUAUUUCUAUGUGAUUAUAUUUAUUUGAAAAUAAAGUGGUCAGUUCCGUUUUUAGAGUUAGUUAGUAACGUUUGUGCUGGAGGUGUGCCUUGAGGAACACCAGACGAUUUUAUCUUAAAAUCAGGAUAUAUAAGGUAGGUAUUAUUAUAGGUGCGCUGUGAUAACUAAAAGGGGAUAAGAUUUGUUCGGAUAGAAGGAAAACGAUGCUUUGUAAACGUAACUAUACGUUAGGACUGAUGAUGCACACAUUCGAAAGCUUUACUAAUGGUGGCAAUGUUUAUUUAACUAAUUUCAAUGUAUAUGUUUUUUGCUUUUGUGAUAAUCAUUAUUUCAUUUGAACUGUGAUUUAUAUGUUAGUGUGUAUGGAUAUAUUUAAUUUUGUUUAGUUCUAGCGACCCAACGUUGAGUGGAAUGUAUUGUAUCUGUGAUUACUUUCUUAGCGUUUAGUAACUUCGCGUAUAACUUUAACUUUCAUUGUGUAUUUUUGUGGAAAUUAUGAAUAAACGUUUGUGUAACAAUUA